CUCUCUCUCUCUUAUUGACCACUUGCGCGAGUUGAUGCUUUAAUAUCGAAUUACGGUGCGCUGAUUUAGGCAUCUGAUCCAUCUCGUUGCGACCAUAGAGACUGUGGCUUGCAGAAGUUCCCAUCCAUGAUCACAUCGGAGAUGACCAAAUGGAAAAACCAAGUCGAUUUCUUCCACCGAGAUCUCACGAUGGAUAUGCCCAGCACUAUGUCCCAUUCUCAUGGCACCGAGCCCAUGCCAGUCGUUUUCCACACCAAGAUGGCCACUGCGCUGUUUUCCGAAUCAUGGACACCGCGGACGCCGGGACAGUACGCCGGUACUUGCUUCGCUCUCAUUUUCUUUACCAUCAUACUACGUACUCUGAUUGCCUUCAAACCCAUGCUAGAAGCGACAGUAUGGGCAGAGGAGCAUGAGAAGGGCCACUCGAGAAUCGACGAGGAAACCGCGCGAAAAGAAAGAUCAUCUCCUCCUACAACAAGAUCGAUUCUUCUCAGAGUUGCGCAUGGUGCCUAUGAGGUUGUCAUUGCCCUUCUAGGGUACCUCUUAAUGCUGGCGGUAAUGUCGAUGAAUCUGGGAUACUUUUUGUGUGUUCUUCUUGGUGUCUUUAUUGGAACGCUCUGCUUGGGUGGCAUUGCACGCAACACAACAUUUGAUCAUUGUUCUUGACAACAUAAGGCUGGGAAAUUCUAUGAGUGUCUUCCAGUUGGUAGUUAAUACUGGUCUGGCUCUUAUCACGCAGUAAUAUCGACCAUCAUCUGCGAGAGUUAUCCGUUGGACCAUAUACACUUAACUCUUAAUACUAGGGGUUCUAAGCAGUCGCGCUUAUUGUUGAGCAUCUUGUGAUCAUGGCCGUGACAUCACAUCACCAACAACGCGUCUGUCUUCAUCAAUACCACCUCGGGCAGAGAUCGCGCCGAGUCUAGCCAAAUGCACCCUAGUUGAAUAUACCCUGUCGUGCCUG